AUGGCAGUGGCAGUGGGAUGUGUCACGUGGGACUUGGUUGACUUCAGUGGUGGAGGCUUGGCAUUGUCUCUCUCGACAGACCCAAACAUGACAUACAUGCCAUACAGAAAAGCCGCGAUCUUUCUGAAGUGCAGCCCAGAGCCCUUCAAGAUCGUGAAUGCCCUACGAGCAACAUUACCUGCAAACGUUCCGGAUGCCAGAAAAAUCGAUCCUGUAGCACCUAUCCCGCCCUACGUUGCACUCUUCCGGAGGUUGCCAACCAGCCUCCUAAGCACAUAUCAGGAAGCGCUGACGGACCUCGCCUCUCAGCGCAAACCAUUCGAAAUUGAGGUCGGAGCACCCUACAUUUACAUUCAAAACCUAAUGGGCAAUGUGCCCAAGUCUAAUCUGUACUCUAUCGGUUUUCAACUCCCCAUGGAUGCGAUCGAAUCUCUUCGAAAAGAAUUGUACAAGGGAUUUGAAAAAGAGCUCACGGAAAGUCGUGCCAAAUCGGGAGCACCUGUGCCUCGGUACACGCCAAUGAACAAAGCGAGCCUACUGAUCCGUAAUUCAGCAUACGGGCUCACUCGCUCGCAGGCUGAGGAGGCCCUCGGUCAGCUGCAGCGGGAUUACAAGAAUGGCCUCGGGAAGAUGCAAGCAGAGGGCUUUGCAUUUCAGGAACGCGCCGAAAUCCAGCCUCCAUCGAAACGUCCAGCCGCGCAAGAAUAUAUGUUCACAGGGGCAUGA